CUGAGAGAAGAGGGAAGUUCAGUUUGUUUACACGCAGGACGAAAAGCCUGUCUAGGUGUCUGCAGACAAAUUAUGAAUGAAUGGAUAUGGCUGACUUCUGCUCUGUGAAGGUUUCAGUCUGACGGCUGCGCGUCUUGUUCACAUGUAAGUCAGUAUUUGGAGUUGUUGUAGCUCGCAUUUAUACGACUGCGGAGUGAUUAACUUAACUUAACAGUUUAUCACCAUGUGUGACUGCAGCAGAGUGGAGGAAAUACUGGCACCCUGUGGUGAGGUGUCGCUGUUGCAUCCAAAGGUUUUAGUCAGAUCUCAAGUACAUUCACCUGGACAAGCCGGAAAAUGUCUCAGUUGCAGAUCCAGCUCCAACAAACAGCAGAGCCCCUCUUAAAUGUCCAAGAGAUGCAGUUCUGGCUGGACAAAGCAGUGGCUUGGGGCCAGGCUGACAGCCCAGACACUCGGAAAGACACCUGCCUGCACUUGAGCAGACUGAGAGAUUUCCUCCAGCAACUCCUCACACAUAUCAACAACAUGAACUCCACAACAGAGACCAUGAAGACGCUACCAUUUCUAGGCCAAUUUCUUGGGCGACUGUGCUGGAACCCUUAUGUCACCGCUGAGGCUACAAGCAGAAGGCUGUUGUUCCAGUGUUUGUGGGGGCUGUACACGGAGCAUCCAGGCAAUGCUGUGGAAAGAAAAGCCAACCAGUGGAUACGGAAAGUCUUGUGUCAGCUUGCUACAGAAGACGACGAUGCUGCAGCGCAGACAUUAAUGAAGCACACGGGUGUACCACCUGAAGAGUACCACCUCAAAGUCUUGAGAAAGAGGGUGGCACUGCUGCAGCAAAACAUUGGAAAGAGCUGCAGUUCUCUGGGUGACAUAAAUCAAAGGUGUUCAUGUGACAGCCUUCUGGCUGCAUCAGAGGCUUGUGUUCCCCUGGUCACUUGUCCUGAGGCUGCUCCUCUCAUUGGCACACUGCUGCAGCAGCCGGUGACUUGUGUCAGGGCAGCACUGAGUGAAGACUUCCUGGAUGCUCUGAGCUCUGCCUACUCCAGGUACCAACGCUUGUCAUUGGAAGAACAGGCUGUAGUCUCUCUGUGGUAUCACAACCUGUCCAGCCUGGAGGAAGCAGUGCUCAGACUGUUGGAGUGUGUUCUGACCAAGACAGGGUUAACGAUGCAGAAGCUGAAGCAGCGACUGACAGAAUCACUGCUGCCUAAAGCCUGUGCUCAGCACUGUUCCAUAUUCUUGGUUGUGAACGACAUCUUCAGAUCCAUCCUUAAGCAAGCUGAAGGCACAGAGUCUGUUAAAUAUCUUAUCCAAAUCUUUACCAGCUGUUUCCUCAGGGAACUGGACCUGCUACAGCAUCAGACAAGUGUACCUUUGAAGGCAUUGUUCCCACAGUCACCUCAGAGUCUGCUGGUGCCUCUCGUGACCCUGCCGUCAGAGAUGCCUCAGGAAGCUUGGAGACAUCACCUGAACUGGCUCAGUGGCUCAUUACAGAGACUGACAGAGGAGGAAGAAGAAGGAGACGGAGACAGCAGCAGUAGCACCAGGUUACAGCGGGAAAGGGGGCACCACAACGUGUUCGACGCCUGGUUCCUGCUGGUUCAGUGUGCCCACUGGGUGCAGGCAGCUGUCCAGCUGCUGGUGACAUCUGGGCCUGAGGACUGUGGGCCUCUAAUGUGGCUGCUGACCUUCUACCACCACCCUACCAAUAGGGGGCACCACAGAGCACUACAACUGGUGCAUGCCAAAGAAGCAUGGGACCACCUACGCUCCCUUUUUUCGGUCGUAGCUCGUCCUCUUCCCGUUGAUCGCCUGCAGUCAUUGGUCACUCUGCUGUCAUCACAACCUCAGCGGCCGUCGGCGUCUCCGUUAUUGAUCCUCAACCUUUUGGUGAACUUUGCUGUUUUCUUCCAGCAAUCGCUGAGUGGAUCAACAGAGAUUUUACAGACGGUGGUGGAGAGGUCUGGCCUGGUUGAUGAAGCAGCGUGUGUUCUCAGUUCACUGGAGCUCAGACUAAACGAAGGAAGCUGCUUAUCAAGCGACGCUAACAGAGUUCACCUCAGGAUCAAGGCACUUCAGAACACAAUAACGCAUAUGUGCGCAGCAUCGAGCCCUGCUGAGAACUAAGUACACACACUCACACGCACACUCUAAAACAGGUGGGAGAGCAUACCUACACACACAUACACAUUAAUGCACAUAACCACACAGCGAUAAAUUCAUCAUUGGCUCUUUCUUUUUUUAGGGUACCUUUUGAAGAAUGACAAAUAGUUACGCUCUUGUGUAGAUAAUGUGGUACAGUGACAGGAGUGUGUCAAAACAGCACGGCGAGGACAGAUUAUGUGGAGAGGCUUCAAUUAUACGCACGCACACACACACACACACACUCAUAGCACAACUACAAGGUCCACAAGGACACUUGAGCAGUGACAGAUCGAGCUGCAAAGAAGCAGGAGCUCGUACAACAUGUCCGAGUCCUCCCACUCAUGUAAUUGCGUGACAACAUAAAUCCUUCACGCUACACAUGCUGACUGAAAGAGAUUUAGAUUGGAGGACAGGACACCAAACACCGGUUAUCUUUGCAUAAUUGCUAUCUGUGCUUAGAUGUUUAUAUGGAAAACAUUCUGACGGCACUGACUAUAUGAUGAAAUGUCACUUCUUUCUCUAGGUAAUUUUUUUUUUCUUUCUUUACUAUUUAUGAUAUGAUGAAUGUCCUUUUUAUGUUUGAUCCAUCAUUUUAGGCACAGACAUUAAGAAUUACAUAACAUAAUUAUAACUACUGAUUGACUACUGCUAGAGUUGGACAGAAAUAUUCACAAAUGAAUACCGUAUAUUACAGUUUUUUGGAGAUGUUUAAGAUUUGUUUUCCACCCUCUUAAAAGUAAAAAGUUCCCCUAAAGUCCGGAGUAAUUCCUGGAGUCCUGUGUAAAGUGCAUGUCUUCUUUUUGUCUCAGUCAAAAUCAUUAUUCAAGAAACAUUAGGCAGUCAGAUUGAAACAGAUCUCUGUUUAAUGAUUUAGCAACCCAGUUUGGCUAAAUAAUUUAUGAUAUUUUCUGGAUCAUGCUACUGCUUUAGCGCUUCCUUACAGAUAGCUGGACUCCAUAUUUUACACAAGACAGAAUUGUGACAAGGUGGUCUUGCCCAUGACUGCUGCCAGAUUUCUAACAGCGAUAAACGAUUUCACAGACGGCAUUAGCCCAAAAAUGAUCUCUCCCCUCUCUCAUCAUUUGACUCGAGUGGAAAGAUGUAGAACACCUGUCUGACCUCUGAGGGAACAUUGUAGAGCAGCACCACAUAUUAGUACACCGUUUGUGCAGAACAACUAACAUCCAAUUUUCUUCACAUGUACUUGGAUUUCACUCAACCUUUUUUAUGAAUUCAUUACUCAGCAAAUAUUUAACAAUUAACAAGCUGGCUGCGAUACUUGUGUAUAAAAUCAGUACAAAAGGCUUAUGGCACUGACUUAUGUUCAGGUUUUGCUCCUUCAGUGUUGAAAUAAGCUUAAAGAAAAUUCAUGUAUUUAUUUCAAGAAAACAUUUUAUUUUAACACAAACAUCUCAAAGAGUUUCACUUAAAAUUAAACAAACAAAAUACAUCAUUCACACUUCUAGAAAUGCCCCUGGGAGUCAUUGGUUGUAUAUUUUCCAGUGUUGUUACAGGCCAGGAUGAAGUCAUUUGGUAUGUAUAAAAACAUGACUCACCUCCAAGUAUUUCCAGUCUAAACUAUUAAGAA